AUGGAGAGCGACUCUAAAACACACAGUGGUGAAGAUACUACUCCAGAUGACUGGAUGGCUAUGGUUGUAGACAGUCCAGAUGGAAGUCCUGCUGCCAGUCCUGCUGCUACACAGAAACCCUCAGAAGAAGAGGAUUUUAAACUGUCCCUGAUCACCUGGAAUGUGGACGGGCUUGAUUUGGAAAAACGUCCAGAGCGUUCCAGAGGCCUGGUUAAAUAUUUAAACUUACACAACCCUGAUGUGGUGUUCCUGCAGGAGCUCGUUCCCCCUUAUGUCCAGUUCUUGAAGGAACAGCUCAUCAACUACCUGAUGAUUGAAGGUGGUCGGAACGGUUGCUUCACAGGGAUGUUGCUGAAAAAGUCACGAGUCAAACUUGUGGAGAGCGAGAUGGUACCUUAUCCCACCACUAAGAUGAGGAGGAACCUGCUGGUCGCUCAGGUGAUCGUCAACGGUCUGAAGCUGUGCCUGAUGACAUCUCACUUUGAGAGCUGUAAGGAAAAUACUGCAGAGCGCCUGAAUCAGCUGCAUGUGGUGAAGCGGAGGUUGAAACAUGCACCUGAUGAUGUCACCGUUGUGUUUGGGGGAGACACAAACCUGAGGGACGCGGAGGUCAGACGCUGCUCCUUCCACUCAGAUACAGCCAGUAAACUUGUAACAAGAAAUCACAGUAACUCUUUUCUCUGGACCCGUCUCAGGUGACCAAGGUGGGCCUGCCUGCAACUGUCUG